UGGCUCUACUUUCGUGGGUCCUUUAGCCCUGGGCCACAAGGAGGUAGUCGAUCGUGAAGCAGGUAAUCUGACCCGAAUAUUUCCGCCUCAACAACUUCUACGUUGGCGACGUCCACCCAUGAUCAGGUAGCGGGAAUAAUAUUGAGGUGUUUGUAUUUCUGGUGGCCUAAGCGAACGUGCAGAAAAAGCCUUAUGUUCUUGGAAACUGCUUAGGACCUGGGCACGGAUGAUAUUGAUGACCCUCUUCCUUCCACGACGAAGCUCGAUAAUGUUGUGCAGUGAAUGAAUGAAUGAAUCGGGGGGAUGCACUCUAUGUUACAGAUUACUUAGUAUCCAUUGAGAUACUAGUUCCAUAAGUUCUACCACGAUUUUCCUCAUGGUUCCGCAAGAGACCACUGCAUUAAAUCAUCGAAUACGAACAUAAUCAAAAACAAUAAGAAGCAAGCCCUCUACAUUUGCUUCUAGCAGAAGCAGUGCUUGUGUUGAGUGAGUCUGUAUUUUUUGGUUUUUCACUUUUGUGAGCAAGAAAAGCAGAAGAAAAGAUGUUGCCAGCACAACCAGGAGCUAAGGCCACAACGGUCUUCACUCCAGGUAAGAAGAAGCGAAUCAACCUCGUGGCAGUAUGCAUGAACAUAUUCUUGCCAUGGUACUAUUUACACUACUUCGACAAUGAUCUUGAUCCUUCUUCAUCUCUUUGUUUUCUUCUUGCUCUGAUUUUGACGCUCGAACGUACAACAAAGUCGUUCUUAUGAAAUUCUUACGAGGACUUUUAGUUUUAUUCACAACAGAAUCUCCUAUUCUCAUCGAAGUUCCUUAAUCGAUCUCAGGUUUCUCUUUUCGGCACUCUACGCGAUAUUAUCGUUUUCGUUUCAUUACCAGCAGCCAGCGGCCGCAUGGUUAUGUGUAGUUAAGGCCUCACUUAAUCCACCUUUUGGCCCAUCUGUGAACUGUUUUCAAGAAGAAAAACGGAAGCAGAUGAGGGAAAAGAUGGAUUGUAGUGAGUUCUAAUGUAGGCCUUGGAUUGCUUUUAUCACUUGCAGCAAUAGGUGUCGCCUUCGCGUCAAGAGGGAAGGACAGAGAUCCAAGUUGGUACAACUAGGAAGAUUACUGGAAAAUAUGCUUAGUACUAGGAAUACCCGGUGGAUUAAUAUUUAUGCAUCAAAUGGUCAUAGCUUCUGCUUCGUUGAUGUUCCCGAUCUUAGACCUUGCGUUGAAGCUUACUACAGUUGCCAAAAAUCAUGCCCUAAAAGACGACUAUCUAAUCGAUUCUGAGUAACGAUCUUGUUAACCGUUGAAUGGUACAUCCAAAAAGGUACCUUUUUUCCGGCUUAACGCUGUUUUUUGCGGUGAUAUUAGCGGCAAUUUUCGGUGAUAUGAACUUCUGGUACAACAUGCAGCCGUUUUACGACAUAGAAAACCUCAACACAUACCCGUCAGUGGACCCAGCGACGCAGACAGGUACUCACUACAAUAAUUUCUCAAGUGAAGUCGCAGAAGGCAAUUUGAACAGCCGUCGUGUCCUCAAUAUGAAGAACCUCAGUCUAUUUAUCUUUUCCUUUCAUCCAGAAGGUCGACGUUGAACUUGAACGUCACAAUCAAAAGCGAUACAACGAAGAGCAUUGUCAAAGAUUACGAUCCCGGUUUUUCUUUCCUUUGAGGUUUACAACGCACAGUAACUACAGAUCUAUUCGAAUUCCUCUCAACACUCUUCUCAACUACACAGGUCAGCGAUUGAUGGACGCAGGACGUGUGUAUUUUGCUGACAACACACGAUUGGAUACCAGCAAAGCUAUGGCUUUCAAGAACUUGGAUCUCUAUUGCGUAGCGCCAAUUGUCAACGGGAAUCAGGCACUCGAAACCUACGACUUUUGGGCGGUCGGCCUCAACUGCUGCAGUGGAGUACUUAAGAAUGUUGAGAUAUGCGUUUCCUUGAAGAGUUGUUUUGGUUGUUUGGUUCCGCAUUUUCUUCGGAAAUGAGAAACGUUUCUAAAGGGUAAGAUUGUAGUGCAACUUAUACUGGUCAGGACUACAACAACCCACUACUGUGAUAUUUAUCUGUAGGUCUCAGCCGACUUCCGAUGUGGCGAAUUCAACAAUCCGCAUGCACGAUCUGGUCUCCGACUGAUGCGCGAUGAUCAGCGACCCUUCUUUCGUUUGGCAGUACAACAGGCAGCCGCAGCGCACCAUCUCAAGAGCACGCAUCCAUUGUUCUUCUAUUGUUAUGGGUCUAUUGCUUGAACUUGAUAGUAAUUCAGAUCUCUUUACACAUGAUCAUGAUCGUGAAUAUUUCACUCUUGAGUAGGUCAAAGGACUUUUCACAUGUUUCGGCAUUGUUUUCUCCGCUUCAAGGCUCACGUACACACAACAUAAUCACGAUCAUGAUCAUGAUCAUCAUCAUCAUCAUCGUCAUUUCCCUUCUAUGAUUUAUGCUUCCCUAGUUAGGCCUCUAAUGUCAGCUCCAGGACCCAGUUGGAGAGAUGAACAGCUACCGCGAUCAAGGCUUCAAGUACUAUUUAUUGGGUAUCUUCACCCACUUCGCCUUCAACCUGUUCUGCGUUACGGUAGCGGUCAUCGGCUUCUCCAGACUGGGCAAGUCAUAAAACACUUCUUGCUCUACUGUGAAGAUUCAUACUUGAUAGAAAUAGUAUCUAUAGAUGGAUAGGGAUAUUACUGUGACUGAUAGUGUAGGUAGAGGUCGUGAUGUCUUCAUAGCUUUGACGAAGUGGAAUGUUGAAGAUUUGGAGAUGUGAAUAUAGUCAGAACAAAAGAGGACGUUAGGAAUGCUUUGUAACCUCAACCUUUUUACAAUUACCAAGAAGAACAACGAACCAUGAAAAUAUUAUACAGUCAGCAGAAGUUCCAACCAGAACCAGGAGAAGUUGUGUAAAGAGAGACACGCUGUCCGUAUCAAUAUUCGCAGAAAAGUGAAGCAAGAAAGAUCAACAGGCGCGGAACCCUCGUUCUACUACCUAGAACGAGGUGGAACAACUACCCAGAACUAUAUAUAAUAUCAACAAAAAUACCUUGCGCAGAACAGUUCAGUACAGAGAUGCAAAGCAGAGGCUCGCCAAGCGACCUGGUUUUCACGCUCCCUUGACAAGGAAGACGAGGAUAGACAUUCACGUAUUGAUAUUUUUGUGCAUGAAAAAAUGUAUCUAUGUACCUAAAUUCUAGAAAGUUUGAGUAAGAUAAACAUUUUUUUUUGCCGAAAUUAAAAGCUUAUUGAUUUAGAAGUACUUUCAGUCUUUUAACAUCUUUUUCAUCUAAACAGUUGUGCAUUCACGUUUUUCUCAUAAGUCUUUUUUUUUCUGUAGCGCACACCUCACAGGGACGAUAGAAAACCAAUCAUGUUUGUCCUCAUCUUUCCGAGUCAUGGAGCAAGAAAGCCGAGAAAGUCCAAGAAUCCGCAAUCAGUUAUUUUUAUUUUGAGAAAGGCAACGACACAAACAGCAGCUGCCUCCUCACUCUUACAGUAAAAAGCAUAUCGCUUCCCUGAGAAUGCUGGUUUCACGCGGAGGACGCAGAUACUCGGAACUAUUGUGUCUGCGGAGGUGCUCGAGUGGGAGUUGAGCUGUUCCUGCUGCCAAGAUGAUGCGAUGACCACGAUGGACAUUACCCGAAGCCGAUCCAUAUUAACUCAGUGUCUUUCAAGAUCAGAUCAAAGAAAUGGAGCUCUUAUCUUCACAAACGAGUAACUUUUCUUACGAGAAUGAUCAAUUCCAGCGAGACGAUGAGUAACUCAAAUUAUCGUGCACUAUGGGUCUUCGAUUGGUUGCAUAGGCAUGAAAACAAAUGUGAAUGUCUCUUGAUGUAGUUAGAGAUAUUAUUGAUCAAUCUGUCUACUUGCAGGGAUGCAGUGCUGAAU